GUGCUGCCGGAGCUGCCGCGGCCGCUCCAUCCUCCUUUUCUCUCCCCGGCAGCGCGAUGGGAGCGGGGCCGGCGCUGCUGUGCCCGUUCCUGUCCCUGUGCUGGGCUCUGGCGAGCGCGGCCGCGGAGCCGCCGCUGCAGCGGGGCAUGCCCAAUGUGUGCCCGGUGUUCGAGCUGGCGCUGGUGGGACACCAAGAGCCCUGCGUUCAAGCCUUCAGUCGGAUGGUCAAGAUGUGGAAACAAGGGUGCACAAAGAGGAGGUGGUGUGUGAGCUAUGAGAGAAGGUCUGGGUACUACACGGUUUACAAGCAGGUGUACAGGAUGGAGCACCAGACUGUCUACAAGUGCUGCCCUGGCUGGGCCCAGCGUGACAACGAGCCUGGCUGUUUGCACUUGCUCUGCACAGCUGGCACUUGCUUCAAUGGAGGGAAAUGUUCUGAAGAAGGAUCCCAGGUGUGCCAGUGUCCUGCAGGAUUUCAGGGGCCUCGCUGCCAGUAUGAUGUCAACGAGUGCACCGUGGAGAACGGGGGCUGUCAGGACCAGUGCUGCAACACCGUCGGCAGCUACCACUGCAAGUGUCCAGCUGGCCAGAAACUGGGGGAAGAUGGAAAAUCGUGUGGAGACGUGGAUGAGUGUGCUGUGGUGAACGGUGGCUGCCAACAAGGCUGUGUCAACACUCCCGGCUCCUUCCACUGCCAGUGCCGGGCGGGAUUCCGGCUCCACGCCGACGGCCGCACCUGCAUCGCCCUCCAUUCCUGCAGCGUUAACAACGGGGGCUGUGAGCACAGGUGUGUUCAGCUCGAAGAUCACUACAAGUGCCAGUGCCAGCCAGGCUACCAGCUGAGGAGGGAUGCCAAAUCCUGUGAAGCAAUAGACCCCUGCACGAGUGGGAACGGAGGAUGCUCACAAAUCUGUCAAAAUGCGAGAGGAAUUGCAAAAUGCGAGUGUCAUCCAGGGCAUUACCUUUCUGCAGACAGAAAGUCCUGUUUAGAUGUUGACGAGUGUGCAGAAGGCAGAGCCAGGUGUGCUCAUCGUUGUGUGAACACUCUGGGAUCCUUCACCUGUGCCUGCAAUCCUGGCUUCGAGCUGGGGGCUGAUGGAAAGCAGUGCUACCGCAUCGAAAUGGAAAUCGUCGAUAGCUGCCAGGACGGCAACGGGGGCUGCGAGCACCGCUGCGAGCACACGGCCGCGGGGCCCCGCUGCUCCUGCCACAGCGGGUAUCGCCUGGGGAUGGACGGACAGACCUGCUCGGAGGUGGACGAGUGUGAGACUGGAGAGUCCUGCUGCUCCCAGUUCUGCAUCAACUACGCGGGGGGCUACGAGUGCGCCUGCAAAGGGGGGUUCCAGCUCAACACCGACGGCUGCGCCUGUGACGAUGUGGAUGAAUGUCGUGUGGAUAACGGCAACUGCCACCACUUGUGUGUUAAUUCCCUGGGGUCGUACGAAUGUGCCUGCAAGGAGGGCUACAGACUCGGGGAUAACAGAUGGGCCUGUGUCGCCCUAGGUGGGGAGGAGGCAGAUGCAGAGGAGGCAGUGGGGUUCGCCGGGGCCCCGGGGCUGCAGUUCCGGGGUCCCCCCCAGCUCCUCCGCUACGCGCUCGGGGCCCCGUACGAGGAUGAAGACCCCCGAGGAGAGCUCACCCUGGUGCACAGGGUUGUUUGCCUUGAUAACACUUUUGGCCACGACUGCAGCCUGAGGUGUGAGGACUGUCAGAACGGGGGCCGGUGUGACGGCGACCACAGCGGCUGCGUUUGCCCCCCUGGCUGGACUGGGGUUGUCUGCAAUGAGACUUGUCCCCUCGGGACCUACGGCAGAGGCUGCGCUGGUGUCUGCAAGUGCCAGAACGGAGGCUCCUGUGCCCCCGGCACGGGGCAGUGCCAGUGCCCGCCCGGAGUGCACGGCCGGCUCUGCGAGGACGGUUGCCCGAGAGGAUUCUUUGGGAAGAACUGUAACAAGCCGUGCCACUGUGCCAACAAGGGCUACUGCCACAGACUUUAUGGAGCCUGCCUGUGUGACCCCGGGCUCUACGGGCGCUUCUGCCACCUCGCCUGUCCCAGGUGGGCCUUCGGAGCGGGCUGCUCGGAGGAGUGUCAGUGUGUGAAGGAGCACACGCUGGAGUGCAGCACCAGGAACGGCUCCUGCACCUGCAAGCCUGGUUAUCACGGCAAGAGGUGUCAGAAAGAGUGCACAUCUGGCUUUUAUGGAGCUGGGUGCAAACUGAGAUGCAACUGUCCUCCUGAUAUUUUGUGUGAUCCUGAGACAGGAGUCUGCAAACAUCCAUGUCCACCUGGCUUUCAUGGAGAAAAAUGCCAUUUAUCUUGUCAGCCUGGGAGCUUUGGGGUGAACUGCAGGCAGAGGUGCAACUGUGGAGGAGCACCGUGUGAUCCGAAGACAGGGAAGUGUGUAUGUCCAGCUGGCAAGACUGGUGCUACGUGUGAGCAAGAUUGCCCAACUGGCUGGUGGGGACCAGACUGCCAGUCCUCCUGUGAGCCCUGUGCCAAUGGGGGACAGUGCAACAGAGAAACUGGAGCCUGUGACUGUGCCCCUGGCUACACUGGGGCAUCCUGCUCUGAGGCCUGCCCCCAAGGCUCCUAUGGACCAAAGUGCCUGUUGCUGUGCAGCUGUGGCAGCAGUGCCCAGUGUCACCACGUCACUGGAGAGUGCUCCUGUCCCCCGGGCUGGACUGGCCACGACUGCAAACACCCCUGCGGCAGUGGCCGCUGGGGCCCGCGCUGCGAGAACUCCUGCGCCUGCAGCAACGGCGACGGCGGCUGCGACCCCGUCAGCGGCUCCUGCCUCUGCGAGCCGGGAUUCACCGGGACCCGCUGCGAGCACAGGUGCCCCGAGGGAAGCUUUGGCCAGGGCUGUGAGCAGAGCUGUCAGUGCCAGAACGGAGCUGCCUGCGACCACGUCAGCGGAGCCUGCGCCUGCACAGCGGGCUGGACGGGAACCUUCUGUGAAAAAGCUUGUCCAGAAGGAUUCUUUGGGCUUGACUGCCACCAGGUGUGCAAGUGCCAGAAUGCUGCUGGCUGUGACCACGUCCUGGGCACGUGCCGCUGCCUGCCGGGCUGGCUGGGAGAGACCUGCGAGCAGCCCUGCCAGGGGAACAGCUACGGGCCAGGCUGCAACAACACUUGUCACUGUCACAACGGAGCGCUCUGUCAUCACGUCACCGGGACAUGCCUUUGCAGCCCGGGCUGGAAAGGAGCCACCUGCCAAGAAGCCUGCCCUCCCGGAUGGUACGGGGCCAGCUGCCUCCAGCGCUGCGUCUGCCACGGCCAGGCCACGUGUGACAGGGUGACAGGAGAGUGCCAGUGUCCCCAGGGCUGGACAGGGACAGCCUGUGAGCUGGAGUGUGGGGAUGGGCAACAUGGAGAGGGCUGUGAGCAGAACUGCAGCUGCCACCACGGGGUGUGUGACCAGCCCUUGGGGAAAUGCAUCUGUCGUGCCGGCUGGACUGGGGACCACUGCGAUGUUGCCUGCCCCCCGGGGUUUUUCGGGAAGCGGUGCGAGGAGCGGUGUGACUGCGUGCACGGCUUGUCCUGCCACCACCAAACCGGAGCGUGUCACUGCCAGAAGGGAUGGCGAGGGAGGCACUGCGACAAACCGUGUUUGCCCGGCCGGUUUGGCACGGGCUGUGCCCAGCGGUGCCGCUGUCCCCCUGGCAGUCCCUGCCACCACCUGACGGGCGCCUGCGGUUGUCCCCCUGGAUUCACCGGCCACGGCUGCGAGAAAACUUGUCCACCGGGCACGUAUGGGAGGAACUGUGACGGAGUGUGUGAGUGCUCUGCCGAGAACCAGGAAUGUCACCCUGUGACUGGAGAAUGCUCCUGCACCCCGGGGUACCACGGGGCCCACUGCCACCUCCGGUGUCCAAAAGGUACUUAUGGAUCAAACUGCCAAAAUUCCUGUAAAUGCAUGAAUGGAGGCCACUGCGACCCUGUGUCAGGAACGUGUGACUGCGCGCCCGGUUUCAUUGGAGCCGACUGCAGUAAAGCUUGCCCCGAAAACCGAUACGGGAAGGACUGCGCCCAGUUCUGUGCCUGUGGUAAAGGUCAGUGUGACCCACAGACUGGCAAGUGCUCCUGUCCCCCCGGCCAAAUGGGACCUGGCUGUCAGCAAGUGUGUCCCCAGGGACAAUAUGGCCCCAGCUGCCACCUGACAUGUACCUGUCAGAAUGGUGGCAUCUGUGACCACGUGGAUGGCAACUGCACCUGCGGGCUGGGCUGGACAGGAAGAUCCUGUGAGAAAGCAGAAUGUCUUCCGGGGAAGUACGGCUCUGGCUGCACCUUGGACUGCUCGUGCCAGCACAACGGCACCUGUGACAGGUUCACAGGGUGCUGCCAGUGCCCCCAGGGCUACUAUGGGCACUCCUGCCAGCACAGGUGUCCCCUUGGAUUUUAUGGGCUGGGCUGUCUUCGCACCUGUGCCUGUAAAAAUGGAGCGAGCUGUGAUGCAGUGACAGGACAGUGCAUUUGUCCUUUGGGGUAUCACGGUGUCCACUGUGAAAAAGCCUGUGACAGGGGUUGGUUUGGUGAGAGGUGCCAGCAUCGAUGUGACUGCGGAGAUGCUCCUUGUGAUCCAGAGACUGGGAAGUGCCUUUGCCCCCCUGGGAAGACUGGAGACAAAUGUGACAUUGGAUGCAGGUCAGACCGGUAUGGCCCCAACUGCUCCCUGCGGUGCCAGUGUGCCAGCAAAUCCCAGUGCAAUCCAUACAACGGGAACUGCGCCUGCCCAGCCACCUGGAUGGGGCCAACCUGCAGAGAAGGUGGCCCUGCAAAGCUUCCUUUUUAUGAAGAACAGAGUCAAGAAAGAGGGAGUAUUUUUCCAAGAGCUCUACAACAGUAACAUUUGGACUAAUAAACGAACUGUUUUAUAUGCACAGACGGUAUUUGAAUUUGGAUAUGAAAACAGUUAUUCAAUUCAGCUUGAAUUGUGCUGAAGUAUUCACACUUCUUAUGGAAGACUACAGAGGGCAUUUAGUAGCUGGAUCCUUUUAAAAAGUUGAAUCUGUUUCAUGUACUUGUUUCUAGCCUCUUGCCCCUCCAUUAAUCUACUCUGGACAUUCUUCCUGAUAUUAAUAUAAUUUAUCACUUGAAAGCUCGGACAUGUUUUUAAUCAGACCAGCUCCAAAGAGUAUCAGGACAAGCAGCGUGGAACACAUCAACAUUCAGUGAGCCACACCACGUAUCAGGGACCUUCUAAACCCUCCUGACAACCAGCACCACGUUUAAUGAGUGUUUCACAGAUUAUGAAGCUGGUACAGACCCACUGCAAAAUCACACUGCACAGAAACUAGUGGGAUUCACCAAACUGACUCCUCUUUGAAUAACACUGUGUGUUCCAGAGAAACAUGCAGUCUAAUUUUAAGCUUGCAGCUGAAGAAGAAUCCACCACAGUCUCCAAGAAGUUCUUAAUUAAUUUAGGAGCAUCUACUGCAUUUCUAGUGUGGGAUUGACUGAUUGGAAGGUCUCCGUCUGUAUCUUGCUUAUGUCUGAAUCCAUCUUCCAAAGAGCGUGGUGUCACCUGUCAGACUCUCCUGGCUUUCUGCCUUCUCACAUCGUGUCAGAUGAGUUUCAGUGGUUUGUCAAGUCAAACUGUGCAGCAGAUCUCCUCAAACAGUACCUGCUAAGGCAGAAGAGGUUUUGUUUUUGAUGGAGAAAGCAGAUAGUAAACAAGGAUAGAUGUUUAAAGAUGAUACCUCUGUGGGUUUUAUGAUUUUGCUGCACAAUUUUUUUUUUUAUUAGCUCAGCUUAAAACAGUCCUGAUACCAUUCAACAGCUGCUGGUGGUGACUUCAUGGAACAAAGACGUUUUGGUGCUAUUUUGUCUCUGUAGACAGAUUGUUCUUUGAUACAGGACUAUGUUGUUAUAAAGAAUUUAUGUUCUAUAUUUUAAUAUCCUGAGUUAACCAGACUAAAAGAUUUCAGAGUGCCUUUUUAUACCUCUUUAGGUUAGAAGCUACAAAGCUAUGCAGUAACCACUCAAGCCUGACUCUAUCAAAAUUGCACUUAGGAAAGGGCAUCAGGACUGUGGGCUCAGUAGACAUGGAAAUAUGGGCAGUCCCAGAUCUUGGUUUACACUCCAUUCACCCACCAUAACGAGCUGCAAGAGCAGAUUUUUGUCUUAGAAGAGACAAAAUUACAAUAACUGAUGGUAAUUUGUGAUUUUUUAAGACCUUUGUUGCUGUGCCUGCAUAAGUGAUGAGUUGGUGAAGUAGGAUCCAGUUGGUUGGAUGAAUAGUUGAGGUAACAGUUUUACCCCACAGUUCACCUCAGGUCUGCAAUGAUUAACUGUCCAGGACAAAGCAAGUGGCACUUGCUCACCUGUGAUCCAAUUCAAACUGUGAUCUCUUGGAAGCAAUACUGGUUUGGAAGGUAUUUUUUCAAGCUUCAUGGAAGUCUUAUUGUUGUUAUUCGUCACUUCAUAGGUACUGAAAGUAAAGAUGUUUGUGAAUGUGUCAAAAUUAAUUAACCUACUGUGCUUUCAGCCAGAAAAUCAGUGUGGUUGAUGCUGAUCCUUUGUCAUUUCUACUGCAGAGCUCUGUAAACGUUCAUGGAAAGUUCAUUCAGUGUAAAUGUGACAAAAAUCUUGCUCCAAAACUAGUCAGAAGCAUGUGACUUUCAGUAGGCCUGUGACAUUUUAAAUGUUCUUUUGGAGAUGUGAAGACCUGGGUCUGAUCCUACAAUUAUGUGCAUUUGGGGCAAUUUCACUGUACUGGAACUGAUAAGGUAAAUGAGGCAAUGAGAUAUAAUCUUAGCAACUGCUGGAGAAGAAGAGUUCAAGUUGAGCAGUUGACAUAUUUUGAUCUUAACUGUGUGUUUACUGCAGAGCCAAACUACAACAGUAAUGCAAGUGUCUCAUUGUACUCGAGAUUUUGUGUGGAAUCAUCAGGAGAGUGAAGUUGUAGGAGAUCUCUGAAGGUCCAGGUUCCCUUCAAAGCCUGGUCAACUUCAGAGUUAAAUGGGAUUGCUCAGAGAUUCACCCAGCUGAGUUCUGAAUAUCUCCAAGGCUGGAGAUCCCACCACCACUGUCCUAGUGAAGAUUUCAUGUUUGGGUUGGUUUUUUUUUAUUAUUUUUCCUGUUUUCCAAUUUCCCAGGUUUCAGCUUUGGACCACUCCUUUCAAUAUGGAUCUCUGAGAAGUGUUUGGCUUCAUCUCCUCUACAGCCCCCAUGGGGUAGUUGACUAAACAGUUGUGCCUUCUCUUCUGAAGGCUGAGCAGAGCCUGUUCCCCUCAACCCAACUGCACCAGCCCCUCUUACCUCGGUGACCCUCCACUGGUCCCAUUCCAGGACAUCCGACAUUCCUUCAGGGAUAGAUACCCAGAGACUGAUGUGGUUACUCAGCACCUGAUGCGUAAAACCCUGACACUGCUGUCAAACAGCAAAAAUGUAUCAAAUGUACUGUUUUUUUGUCUUAUCUUUGUGUACUGGCACGUGACUCAAGCAGCUAAUCCAAGGGGAAACUUCUCUCAAGCCAUGUUAUUUACACCUGUGUACACUUGUUUACAUUUUCCACAGUACCUUGAUAAUAGCAUUGUAAAUAUGUAGUAUAAGGAAAUAAAGGAUUUUUGUAUUAAGUGUUUUUAAAGAAUGUCACAAUUUUAGGUACAUGAUGAAACACAUCUUUUAGGAGACGGAUACUGAGCCUGUGCCAAUGGAUUAGAGGACCAGCUAGAUCUGCUUGGGAAAUAUUUCAGUAAACCUUUUUUAAAUCAAAACCUGCCAAUUCAUACAAAACCAUUCAUAUGCAAUAGUCUUUUUUAUUCAUUCUUCCAUCAAAAUACUUUUUAGCUUCUUUAUGAUAUUGCCUUGGAGAAAGAAGUUCCCCUCAGUGCCAUCAAACAGAUCAUUCUGAUCUGGGGCUCAGUAUGACUUUCUGUUCCAAAACAAAGUAUAGUCAUUUAAAGGUAAAAAUCAGAAUUUAAGAUUAAAAAAAAAAACUAAAACAUGAAUUUUGAUUGGGGUAGUUUGGAAUGUCUUGUCUUGGUUCUCUAUUUCCGAAGGUUUUCACUUUUUUCACAAGGGAGGGAAAAUGUUUACAGAAUUUUCUUUUCUAGAAGAGCCAUGACUUUACAUUAUUAACUAUUAAUUAAGGAAGUUUACUUAUUAUGUCAUUAUUAGGUUUUGAUUCUCCUUCCUACUACAGAUUACUCAUUUAUCUAAUUCUUUACCUACAAAGUAGACUUUAUUAGACAGCAUGGACUUUUUUAAUGAAAAAACUACUAAAUCAGCUCAUCCAUAGAUUAAUUUUCUGGCAAGUGAUUGUAGCUACUACUAAACUAAUAUAACUCUGCUUAUUUGCUUCAUCAGGUUCCAGUGAAAGAGUGUCAGGGUGAUACUGUCCUGACCAUAGCACAGGGGCUUGUGGAAAAUGAAAGCGAAAACUUCAGUGAAAAUGGAGUUUGUAGUUAAAUUGAUGUCCAUCUUCCACUUUGUGAAGGCCUUUCUUGGCUCCCCGUUUCCCAGGAGGCUGAAGUUAAUUACUCUUUCUUGAAGAGUGUGCUCUGUGAAUUCCUCUGCAACACACUUGCAUGUGCAGAUAACUCCUUUCAGAAAGACAUUGGAAUUAUUUCAGCCAUGCAGUUUCCGUGCCAAAUCCCCCUCUCUUACCUUGUGUAUUCCAGAUAACUUCAGCUGGAGUGGAAAUAAGUGGAGUGGAACUCAGUGGGUCCAGCAGAAUCUUGCUCAAUGCGAAUGCGUGAAACCAGAACAACAUGUUUCAAGUUAGACUUCACUAACACUAUUCUCAUAGGAAAACAAUCAGAAUUUUAAAAAUUCCCCGCUUCCCCUGCCAAAGAUUAUUAUUCUACUUUUAUCCUUUUUAUGUUGAAGAACCAUGGCUAUUAAAGUUUGCCCAGAUUCCUUGCCAACCAUAUUAUUUUGAUUGGCUGCAGAUUUCUGUUUGUGUAAGUAAUAACCAGCAUAGUGUCAGGAGUUGCCAACGGGACAAACAUGGAAAUAACACCUUUAUGUCCUUCCCAGAAAAGGCAAAGACACAUUUUGCAGCCCUUGUGGCUUCAUACUGCAGAUCAAACAGUGACUCUGUUAGAACUGAAGUUCUUAUCGGAGCAAAGUAAGCUUAAGAAUAAUUUUUGAGAGAACUGGUAGACCAAGAAACCUCCAUCCUCCCAUCCUUGUGGUAUUUUUGUUAUAUUUAGACUAGAAACCUUCUCACUCCCCAGUUCCUGAAGGACUUUUCCUGCAGGUUGACCUGUGGCUGACUGAGCAGCUCCAAGCAUGAGCUGCAACUGUGCCCAGUAAUUCUUUUGCAGGGUAAAAGUUUUAAAUUCUGGUACUGUGUAAAGCAAUUUUCCAGCAGUAAACACCAAAUCUCUGACUUGUAGAGCAUAAAUUGUUCGUUCUGUUCUUUUUAUUGCUUUUAAUAAGCACUUGCAUAGCAGUAUGUUAUGUCUUUGUGAAUUUGUAACCCCUCUUCAAGGACUGUGUGGGAUGUAUCUCAGAUCUGUACUGUACUUUCUGUUGUAGACAUAUCAUAGUGAAGGGAUGCUGAUUUUUUUAUAUAUAAACAUGUCAUUAAAACUUGUCCUUGUUUUUCCUU